AUGCUGCUGGAGGAGGGCCACGCCUUUGACGCCGCCAACCGCCCCAUACCCCUGGGCUCGGACGAGAAGAAGGAGGCCGUGGCAAAGGCGGCCACAGCCUGGGAGCUGUACAGGGUCAUAGGCAAGGACUCGUGGGUGGUGGUGCCGCUGGCGUCCCUCUCGUCGCCCGGCCAGCCGCUGGAGGGCACACGGCUCACGCUGGUGCGGGUGCCGGGGCAGCCCGACGCCGCUGAAUUCAGCAUACGCACACCCGUCACGCCGCCCAGGUGGAAGGCGUUUGACGCUGAGCUGGAGGCGGCGUGGGAGCGCCUCGUGGGGGCCAUGGCGGAGGGCGACCAGGUCGCGGCGGCAAGGGGCAUUCUGCAGUUUGCUUACUACUGGUACAACUUCAUGCCCCUGGCGCGCGGCACGGCGGCCGUGGGCUACACCACGGUGCUGGCGCUGUUCUGGGCCGCUGGCAUCCCGGUGACCGCUCACAUCCCCAAGGACUACCAGGUGGACUGGGAGGCCAUCCUGUCGCAGCACCCUGACGCCUUCAUCGAGCGCCUCGCGCGCUGGUUCCUCCCUGACACAGUCCGAGAGGCCCUCGGCGGCCCACCCAGCAGCGGCGGCGGCGGCGGCGGCAGCAGCGGCGCCUCGCCCCCCGCACGGACGUCCUCAGGCGGCGGCUCGCAAGCUGCAUCCCCUCGCGGCGACGGCGGCGGCGGCGGCGGCGGCCGGCCGAUGUUUGCGGGGCCGCGCGAGCUGCCGCAGGCUGCGCUGGAAGCUGAGGUUAAAAUCCACCGGCGCAUGUCCCCGCCGGCCGUGCCCGCCCUGCGUGAUGUCAUACACGACGCCGAGACCGGCCAGGUGCACCUCGUGUUUGACUACGCCGGCCCCCCAAUCCUCGACGCCGUCGACCCCGGCGUCACGCCCGAGGCUGCCGCGCGUAACGGGGCCCUGGCCGCCGACGCGACGCUGUCGCUGCUGACGGCGCUGUAUGAGCUGCACGGGGCGGGGUACUGCUACACCGACAUGAAGCCCCAGCAGAUGCUGUGGGACGCCUCCCGGGAAGCCGAGGAGUUUCGCGCAAAGCUGGCGGACUUUGGGGCAGUGACCAAGAUCGGCUCAGGCGUCAUGCCGGCCUGCACCUUUGCCUACAUGGCGCCGGAGGGCCACGCCAUCCUGGCCCGGGGCAUCAGCUGCGACGGCAUCAGCAGCCCAGACGGCAUCCCCUCCGUCCUCGGCCCCGCGUAUGACGCGUGGGGCGCGGUGCUGACCAUCUGCACCAUCGCCCUCGGCGGGGUCAACCCCUUCCUCCCGCCCUGGUACGCCGCUGGCGUGGGCCCCGAGCCCUACCCCAGCAUCGCCGCCUGCCCCUGGAACCCAUACAACGCCAAGAUGGUCCUAGAGGACCCCACUGCAUACGAGCGCGCAUUUGGCUGGGAGCUUCUCGACCUUGACCUGCAGGAAUUUAUUCGCUUUGGCCUCGACCCCAACCCCAAGGAGCGCCCCACGAUCGAGCAGCUGGCGUGCACCGCAUGGGGGCGCCGCUGCUUCCAGAUGAUGUAUCCGAGCGCCGCAGACGCCGACGACGGCGCCUGCGUCGGCGACGCCGCCGCUGACGGCGCCUGCGUCGGCGGCGACGAGGGCAUCAGCCGCGACGAGGCCCCGUCUGAUCUGAGGGAGGCGUCGCACGAGGAGCGGCCAGCUGUGCCGCCGAUGACCACGCAGCAGCAGGGCGACGCAGAGCACGACGGCUCAGUCAUGCGCGCUGCCCCUCCGCUCGUCGCGGCUGAAGGGGCCGAGCCACGCGCGUCAAUGCGGGGCAGCACCAGCAACGCCCAGCAGCCGGCGGCGCGGCAGAUCGAGCUGCUCCAGGCGGAGGCGGCAGUGGGUGAGCGCGCCCUGGCGGGCUCCAGCCAGCCCGCCGCGCGCAGCAGCGCCACCGCUGCCGCCGCCGUCCUCCCGCCGGCCGACGAGCUUGAGGCCGUCCGGUCAGAGCGCGCCAACAAUGACGCGCUGCGGCAGCUGGCGGACGAGCGGCGGGAGGACCGCGAUCGCGCAGAGCGGCUGGACCAGCGGAUGGACGAGAUGAUCGAGCAGCUCAAGGCCCUGACAGCAUUGGUCGCCAAGAUGCAGGCCGACAGUGCAGCGGCCAGCAGCAAACAUCCUCUGGGGGGCCGCCUGCUGUCGGGCGACGGGUCCAGCUGCACGGCGUCUGAUGUGCGAACGCCCUCAGGCUCCGCCGGCGCCGGCCCUGCGCGCAUGAGCCGCGGCGGCGGCAGCCGGCGCAGCGGCGGCGGCAGCCGGCGCAGCCUCCAUAGCAGCAUCUCCAGCUGCAGUGGCAGCGCCGAAGGGGCGUGCAAGAGCACCGGCAAGAAUGCCGGGGCGCGCGUGCUCAAUCAGAUGUGGGGGGACGUCAAGGCGGCAGGCGGCCGGUCGCGCGCGGCACGCGUCGCCGUGAGCGCCAAGAGGGCGUCAGGUGGCAGCAGCAAAGGGGCCGAGGCCAAGCCGCAGGUGGCGUACGGCACCGACUGGUACACGCAAACCAGGGAGGCGGCCAGGCCCAAGCGGACAGUGCGCGAGGAGAUCGAGUACCGCCGCGCCGCCAACCGCGCCGCGAACAACGGGCGCGAGCGCAAGGACCUGUACACCGACAACUGGGACGGCUCGGAGUACAAAGGCAGCAGCUUCAACAUCUUGGUUGCAGGCGACGAAGGCAGCAGCGGCGGCGGCUGUUCGCGGCAGCUGGCUGCGGCCGGCGCUGCUGUGGCCAAGGCGGGCGCUGUGGCCGCACGCUGCAGCAGCGGCUUGGGCACGCUGCUGGCGGCGCUGUUCGUGCUGACCCCCGUGGCUGGCCUCGUGUUUGCCAAGCUGACAUACGGGACACUCUGGGGCUGA